CCGGAUUGAAUCUCGUUUUCUUGGAGGAAAAAAAAAAAAACCUCCGCGACAGAUAAAGUACAUGUGAACAUGAACAUCACACGAUCUCGAUUUGGUUCCUUCCUUCCGACCACUACUACUCCUUGCUUGAUUUCCGUAGUCGUCGUCGCCGCCGCCGCCGACUGAAAUCUCUUGAUUCAUGCGCUCCUGAGCUUCCCGGAUGGCCGCCCAAUCUUCCACUCCCUCUCCGCAAGAUGGUUCUGGUGGAGGUGAAUUAUCAGAAAAUUUGAUACUCCAAGCCCCGCAGCCAAUACGGGAGGAUUACAUACAAAAUGCUGUUAACUUUCUUGGACAUCCAAAAGUGAAGGGUUCUCCAGUAUUUUACAGGCGCUCUUUUCUGGAAAAGAAAGGCCUUACGAAGGAAGAAAUCGAUGAAGCCUUCCGUCGGGUUCCUGAUCCACAGCCAAGCAGUACAGAUGUUGCAGCUGUUGGUUCACAACAAGCCAGCAUCCCAAAUCAAUCUGCUGGGGUACAACCUUACAAGACAGUUCAAUCACCGCAGGCAGUUAACAUUGGUCCUAUGGUUCCAGAUGCACAGCCGCAACUUAGCUGGUCGCGUACUCUCAUUGGUGUAGGUGUUUUUCUCGGAGUUGGGGCUAGUGCUGCUGUCGCCCUCAAGAAAUUGUUCAUUCCUAGGCUAAAGUCUUGGACCCAAAGAGCUCAUGCAGAAGGGGAUGAAAAUUGUGACAACAAACUUAAAUCCAAGUUUUAUGAAGAAAUCAAAGAAGCCAUACAAGCUUCUGCAUCAGCGUUUUCUGAUAUUGCUAAAACAAACCAAGAGUUGCUUGCUUCAAAGGAUGAAGAUAAGAAGAUCCUUACAAGUUUGGCACGAGCAUUUGAUUUGCAAGCAGAGGCUUUUAGAUCAUUGAGCAUGUCCUUAAAUCAUAUGAGUGAGAAUCGGUUUUCCCAGUACAAUAUAAUGGAAGAUCAUUUUCAAUCUUCCCCAUGGAAUGGGCCAAGUAACAAUUCAUGGAGACCUUCUCAGCAAACAAAUGCGUACAACACAUCACCACGUAAUGAUUUUGACUCUGGGAGGCAUCCGUUCAUUCCAGUGCCUGGAGAACCUACAUCUGGAGCAUUUCCGAGAUCCUAUGUUGAGCAGCAACGGACGCAGAGGUCUGGGUAUGGAUUUCAGCAGCAGAUGAGCAAUGACAGGUGGAGCCCCGGCGCCACGCCAUUGACGAACUACCAUGGUGCUCCUCCUCCGUAUCAGUAUCACCACCAUGGGGUCAACGCCGUCGAUGAGGCUCCAGCUCCAGCUCCUCCGGUUGAAAGCCCAUUCCAGCGUCGUUGGGUUCCCCCACAGCCACCAGGCGUCGUCAUGCCUGAGGCCGUGGCCGCCAUACGGCAGCCCAGGCAGCCAGUUGCUGCGGCAGCGGCAGCGGCAGCAGCAGCACCGAGAUCGUCUGAAUCAGCCGCAACGGAGCAGCCAGAGUCAGGUGAUGUUGCUGGUGUCGCCGCCAUGGCCAAUGCUGGCAAUGGCGAGGCUGAGCAAGAGCGGGAAGCAGCUGCUUGAUACUCCACUUGUUUUCUGUUUGCCACGCGAUGCAUCUAUCGUGUACAGUACAGUACUUACAAUUAAGCAUAAGGAAAAAAAAAAAGAAGAUAGCGAAUGCUGUGUAUUUAUCUAUUCGCUGUGGGUGUGAAUACUUAAGACAAGAUGAUGAUUCUUCUGUGAAAAAAUGGCCAAGAAAACAAGAUGCGUGUCUUGUAUUUUUACGUAC